ACGCGGCCCGGCCUCCGCGGCCUUUGUGACGUCAGGGCCUCAGCCUUCAGGAGAAUAGUUGCCAUGGUGACAUAAACCGAAGGCUCUAGCGCGUUGAGCCGGGAACCGCCACUCCGAAGCUUCGGAGCGGAGCGAGCCCGGGAGUGCCCGGCAGGUUGGAACCUCCUUUAGCCGAGGUCAAGUUUUGCAACAAGCCUUUCCUUGUUCUUUGUUCCCCUGCUGGUAUGCCCUUCCUUGUUCCUCUGCUGGGAUGCCUACUGUCUCCAAGGACAUGACUUACAACAAGAACAGCCGGGAAUCCACAGACAACAGUUCUUCUAUCACUGAAGAAAAAAAGAAACAUGGAAAAAAAGGCAAAGUGUCUCUGAUUGUUCCUGGCCGUUCAGCUAAUCCUUUCCACAUGUCUGGGGAUAUGGAUUUCUUCUUGCUCAGAGAUCAGGAACGGAAUAAGUCUCUCUCAGAGAGGGAGCAGAAGAAGACACUGCGGGUGCACGAGAAGAUGACCUACUCGUCCAAAGUGUCUGCCAAGCACACCAGCCUGCGGCGACAGCUGCAGCUGGAGGACGACAUGGAGGACCAGGAGGCACGUGCAGAGGCUGAGCAGCUUCAGGCCUUCCACGACAACAUGGCCUGGAAGCUCUCCAUGACCAAAGAAAAGAAAGGGGAAUCUGAUAACAUAAACAAGUACAUCAACCAGAAGCGGCAAAUGUUCCUCAUCCAGUAUGCCCUGGAUAUGAAGCGAAGUGAGAUCCAGCGGCUGGAGAUGCUGGUGACUAAGGAGGAGGCGGAGCUGGAGCGAGCUGAGAGGUCCCUGGAAAAGGACUCGGCCCUGUUCGAUAAGUUCCUCAGGGAGAAUGACCGCCGCUCUGUGCAGGCCCUGAAAGCGGCGGAGAAGGAGACCAAAGCGAAGGUGGCGAAGAUCACUGAGAUUCGCGAUCUGACCAUCCAGAUCAGGAACAUCAAAAGUGAAAUCUCCAGUUUUGAAGACAUACUGCAGCAUUAUAAAGUCUACAAGAAUUUCCUGCACAAGUUGUCACCCAAGGAGUGGUUGGAAGAACAAGAGAAGAAACACUUGGCUCUCAAAAAGGCCAAGGAAGUCACCAAAGCCCCCAAAGAGUAUACUCUGUUCUCCACACAAGGGGACAAAGGACCAGGGAUCAAAGGCAAGAAAGUCUCCAAAGAGAGUCAGAGCCCAAGGAAGUCCUGGAAAGUGCUACAGGUGAUACGGGCGGGGCAGAUCCUAUCUGGCGCCAUCAGCCUCCAGCCGGGCAAGCAGCCCAGUGUGAGUGGCUGGCUGGACCCCAAAGGGUCGAGUUCUGCCCUCCCUGUGCAGGAGGACUCAAACAGUGACGGGGAGGAGCUGGAGCUAUAUUUCACGGAGCCCCAGCAGCUCCUGGACAUCUUCACAGAGCUGGAGGAGCAGAACCUCUCACUGAUCCAGAACACACAGGAGAUGGAGGAGACUUUGGAGGAGCUGAGCUUCACCAUGAAAAACACCCAGCUCCUCAUGGACAGGGAAGUCAACCAGCUGAAGCAGUUGAUCACCACCCUGAUGAUGUCCAUCACCAAGGAAGAGGAGACUGCCGCUGAGCUGGAGCUCAAAGCCCGAGUCUUCCAUUUCGGCGAGUACAAGGGUGCUCAGGAGGACAAGGUGCUGGAGAGUCUGAACCACAAGGUGCUGGCUGUGUACCGGAACUGUGUCGGCACCCAGCAGGAGUCCAACCUGGGCACUGUGCAGAUGCUGACCAUCAUUGAGCAACAACUGGAUGAGCUGCUUGAGAACCUGGAGCGUGUGCCCCACGUCAAAAUUGAGCAGGCCGAGAAGGCCAAGGAGAAGGAGCAGCGCCAGAGAAUCCGGGAAGAGAAGGCCAAGAUGCAGAAGCAGCUGCAGGAGGAGCGUCUGCAACGGGCCCAGGCCCGGGCCCAGGCCCAGGCAGAGAUCAAAAAGAAGAGAGGCAGAAGGCUGGUAUGCCGCUCCAAGCCCCCGGCCCUGAAAACCACGGAGGAGCUUAAGCACAAGUCCCUAGACAAGGACAAGCAGGAGCAGCUGUUCUUCUUCACCUGACUGCAGCCGCUGGUCUGGCUGACGGCACGGGACAGAGGGCAGCAGGACGCACACGGGGCUGCGUCAGGGCUGCUUCCCCGUGCCCCUCAUGG